AUGAAAUAUCUGUAAGUUAAGUAGCUCAACAUACAAAUCACCACCAUAGAACAAAGUUUUAAUGUUUGUCUCAUGAUAUAGUUAUUCCCGAAGUUGGUUGCAACACUUGGACUGCGAGCAAGCGAGCGAGCGAACUCUGAUUGCUUUUCUCUGUAGCAGAGCAGUUUUUAAUUGACUGUAGAAAAACGAAAACCAAAGUAACCACAAAGGCCAAUCAUAACAAAGGUUUACAUCAUCAACAACCAAUGAGCACUCAAAGUGAAAACUCAAAUUCGGUAAACGCGGGAAAACGCGGGCGACCAAGUCACGAUAGGUUUUCGUUUGCAUCUGAUAGGUUAUAUGGAUGAUGCGAGCUGUGUAGAUCAGUCAAAGACUGACUUUGCAAAACCAAAACAAAAUUUUGGAUUCAAUUUUAACACUCAAUUGAAAAUUGCUCUAUGCAUGGAACGGCAAAUUAUUGGUCAUGACCAUCGCUGAGUUGACUUGCUUGAAGGUUUCGUCAAAAGAUAGAGUUAGAUAAGGGCCUUGUUCAGUAGAAGCGCGUUUUGAAAUAAAAGAUAAUUCCUCUCCACUUGGCUUAUGAAAGAUAUUCUUUCAUAUCUUUUCACAGAAAAUUUCCAACAGUGUCCUUAAUUAAGACACCUACAUUUCAAAAACAGACAUUCAUUGACAAAUAAAAAAAUAAAUUCUCCCGAAGGCAGUUUCUUAAAUCAGGAAACUUUCGAUAACGUGAUCUCAGUCUUGCUCAAUUUUUUCUACAGCACCAACCUGCUUUGUGUUGAUUUUUUUUUUUUUUUUCAAUAACUUUUGUAUGUAGUUCCAUGGAAAAUUGCGACUUGGAGAAUAUACAAAAUGGAACUUUUCGGUCGAUGCAACAAUUACAAGACCUGUAAGUAGUAUUUGACGGUAUGUUUUCAUAUUCCAAAAAGGUAAAAAAAUUUUCUUCAAAUAUGCUACAAGAGCUAAUAUGGGCGCCACCAUUUCCAAGACAAUUAUUUAACCUGUCCACGCACGCAAAACUACAUAUGGCGCGGUUUACAAACAGCUACUGCGUUGUAUUUCCUCUGGGUCAAGUAUUCUCAUUGAUCGUCAAGCGUCAAGUUUAUGGGGGGAAGGGAGGCUAGGAAGGGGGAGGAGUGGGCAAGGUAAGAUUCAAGUGGCGGAGUUCACUUUCGAAUUAACAAGUACACUUUUAAUUGCGAAGAUAAUAAAUUUAUUUCAUUAAAAUGUAGACACACCUCCUUAAACUAGUUAAAAUCACUGGUACUGAGUUCUAAAUCGGGCACACCUCACUUAUCACAUCCUUGACAAGUGGUAAUCAAGUUUACCGCAGAAAACCAACAGCACGCAAUUUUACGUUGCUAAUAUCUUGUUUAAAGGGACUAUGUAAGUUUCUAAAGAAACUGUGGUGCUGCUUCGGUGGGAGAGUUUAACAGGGUUAUCUGGUACUACUUCGCUGACGAAGGGCUAACGCUCGAAACGUCAGUUUUUAAAUCCUUAACGAUGGCCAAUUUACGUUAUCAACUUAGUUGAUAGUACUAAAUUACCCGUAAUGCUUUGUUCAGUUUAUUAUGCGACAUGACAUCGAUGACAUGACAAUGACAAUGAUAUCAUGAUUAACUUUUCGGUUUUCAGUAGACUGUCUUAUAAUAAGCUGACACAUAUAGACAAGGGUACAUUGGAAGGACUUACGGAUAACCUCGCUAAUUUGUAAGUAUGGUAACUAUAGACCAUCAGUCUUUGAAAAAAAUGUGAAAUUAUGGAAAUCAUAUCAAACUCACAAUUAACAAAAGCCUACAUCAAAUCUGGGCGACCCCGCCCCCACUACUUUGUGUCUCUAGAACACACAAAAUCUGGAACCUUUGGCUCGAUUACUAAGAGACGUUUUGAUAGUGAUUAAUUUUACCAACAAAAAAAAUUUAUAACUUAUUUUGAAAUACCAAAGCUUCAAGCUUUAAGGAAUCAAAAUUCAAUUUUUAAUAUUCCGAUAAGGCAAUUUACGAAGGCGUUCAGAGUGUCGUAUCAGGGUUAGUCCGUAAGAAUGGGUCCUAGCUCUUUCGCGCAUGUUCAAAUCUCAAUUGUACUGCCACAUUCGAAUGGAGCGAGAAAUUUUCUUUAUUUUGGUAUAUAAUUCGUCUAGUUUGCAACCGAUUUAGAUGGGUCAAAUGGCCGCUCAAGUUGGAGCACUCUCACUGGUUUUACUUCUGGUCUUCUACGGAUCCGUAAAAGCCGUGGGAGAAAGAUCAGAGGGUCCAAUAACAGGAUGAUUUUCCGGCCAUUCGUUACCCACGUUUACAUGCAGUAUGAAAAAGUAAGUAGUCUCAUAAAUAAAUGAAGCGAUUUGAUUUUUUUUUCCUUUUGUUCCCGGAGGUACGGCAUUUGUUGCUAGUAAGUCUCGAAUAUGUCUGAUACCAGUCGUGUUUAACAAUUUCAGCUAUCUUCUCUACACAAUUGCCAAAGAGAAUGGAGAGGGAAGUGGCGAAUCUACCUGCGCUGUAGUUGUGGAGAAAACCAUGUAACAAACGGGCGUUAGAGGCAUCGUCGUCAACAAUCGAAUAACAAAUGUCUUCAGGAAAAAGAUUGGGACCAUGUGUGCAAAGCCAAAGCGAGCAAGAGGAAAAGUGGAGGUUUUGAUGUCGAGGCUCACUGACAAAUGGCGCGACCAAACUUAAAAUAAUCAUUCUGUCAAGUUAUUUUAUAACGAGCUAGAUAAUUACUUUAUUGAAAACGAGCGCUAGAAGAAUCUUUACAAUACGAAACUACCAAGCGACAGAAACUUGAGGAAGGGCUCGACGACACAGAGAGAAGCUGCAAGUAUCACAAACUGAAAAAGAUCCCAAAGAUUCCAACGUGGUGAAUUUGACUCGCUUUGCGACUUUGUCUACGACUGUCACAAGGACAGGAUGAAAGUUUACGGUCGUUGGUUUUUGUUCUUGUCUUCUUCUUGAAUAAAAGCCUAGUUGAAAAGACCUCAUCGGGGUAUCGUUUUGGGACUCUCCUUUCCCUUGCAGCCGCCAUGUUUACAAAUGUAAAUUGUCACCAAUGCGAUUGAUACUCUGAUGCGCAAGCGCAGUAGGGAAAGCGUUGUUCGCGCCAGCCUGGACGCCAAUUAGAGCAAAUGUUCACGCUUAUGGGAAAUAAGUUUGAUAUGCCUGGCGGCACCCAUUUGCUGUGGAAAAAUUCCAUUUCCUUCCUUUGAAAUUUGACCUUUCAAGCUAAUUGUAUUCAUAUGCUUCAAACCUGAGAACAAGUUUGAGGUGAAAGGCAUAAGAGUCCUCAACCUUCAUCGUGGAGAGCCAAGAAAUUUAUUGUUUCUGUUCGAAAACAUGGUCGAACUUCGGGCGUGGAGCAAUUUUGUAUCUUUUAUUGACUCUCGACCGUUUUGAAGGUGACUUAGUAUGAAAGGUUGUGUUUCUAAGGUCAAGAGUAGUCUAGGAAGGAUUGCAAACUUUUUCGAAUAACACUAACAGUAGUAACAUUAUAUUCAAGGAUUUCUUUUUCUGUUGUGGUAUGUUUGUCACGUUCCAAGGUUAUAGGGAAGUUUCUCUGAAAGCUUCGAUUCCAUAUUCCAGCCACAGUUUCCUUUGCUCGCGUUCAAGCAUAUAAAGCUUGGCUCAUUGGGGUAAAUAACUUGUAAAUAUUUUCCUAAUGGGUUAUAGGUUACUUGAACAUAACAGACUGAAGACGAUAGGUGACGGAACUUUCAAGCAAUUUAUCUCUCUCGAAAGAUGGUAAGUAACUCACAGAACGGAAAAAGGGAGUAUCGUUAUUCAAGCAUGAUCUGUGGAAAAAAAAGCUAAUUUGAGAAGAGUUAUAAUCUUAUGCUGUUAUUUGCUCAACAGAGAGCUCCAAAUAGCAAAAUUACAUCGAACCGACUGCUCCAUUUAAGACCCAUUUCCAAAAACUUGACGGCCAUUUUCUUGGGCCUCUCUACCUCUAGGGUUCCAAGUUUAUCUUUCUUUUGUUUACUCUAUCUGAUGUAAUUCACGUGAGUUAAAGAUGAUACGAGUAAAAGACACGUUUUGAACGUUUUAAAAUUGAAAGUUAAUAUAGAAUAGGGGAAAAACAUCCCACCCUCGUCCAGUGCUAUAGCGCUCAGGUUUGCUUUGGUCAUGGAUCAAUGAGCGUGGACUGUGAUUGGUCACAUUUCGUAAUUGGCCCAAUCUUUAGUCGUGAAAUACGCUAAUUCACUGCAUUACCAUGAAGUCAACACUUCAGGGUUACUCAGGUUAAUUAAGGCCUGGGUCACCCUGCCUUUAACCCAUAUUUUUUCACAAAAUUGAGAAUAACUUAGCUAUUUUGCGAGGGAUUUUUCUCAUACUUGGCAGAAAUGUGUAUCACUACCAUCUCUCUCGGAUGGCAGUGUAAUAUGAUACUCUCAACAGCCAAAAACAGCUAAUUUAGGCGCCAAAUUCGUCGGUUGCUUUCUUGAGCAAAUUCCCACCACUAAACACAAGGCAAAUCAAAAUGCAGUUAUCGCUAUGAAUAUUUGAGACGUUUUUCAUUGUUUUCCCACUUGGAAUGGCUGCCAAAAAAAAGAGAGAUGUGUUAGGCAGAUUAAAUCAAGUUUUGUCUCUGCGAAGCUGCUUCCUCUAUCAUGGUUUUCGCCCGAAAACAUCUUAGCCUUUACCUGGUUCCAACCGCUGUCAAUGAAAGUAAUCCUACAGGUUCCUAUUUAUUUGGAAAAAAGACAAAUUAAAACUGUUUAAGAGGUGGGAAUUUUGAAAACCCGCAGUCACGUAUUCAACUUAGUGUCCGCCAUUUUGACACGCGAGUGUUCAGAAGCAAUUAAACUUACCUAACAACUGCUUUGGGGGAUUACUUUUGUAAGUAAAUUCAUCUGCUUCUUGGAGAAAUUGUUCCAAAACAUUCAAAAGCCUGAAUUUUGAUAGACACCAUAAGUAUACAUAUCAUGAUAUGAUAGAAGAUUAAUCAAGCUAAAUUUAAUUUCAAAAUUGAAUGGUUUAUCCACAAUGAAACUUUCUUCUAUGCAUUUGUUACAAAACAUGGUACUUUUCUCUAUGCAUCAGUUACAAACAUUGUAAAACGCUAUUGAGCUCUAGAUAUGAGCGCUAUAUUAUAAAUUCAUGUUGCAUUGUAUUUGCAGUGAAGUCAAUGAACAUGUUGAGAGCGGUGUUUAGAAGUCUUCGUAGGUUCAAAAGGGUUCUCUUUGGCGUUAAGAUAGCGAUAUCAAGUCAUUUUUUGAGGAAAUUAAGAUAGCAAAGAAAAUGCUAUUACCUUCUUUUGAUGUUUUCCUCUAAAUUGUCGGAUUCACCGGCGAAGAUGGGAAAAACCAAUGCAAAGCCGACACUUCAAAAUGGCGGAUGCCGUUCACGAACUACGCGAUCUUGAUUCCAAGUAACUAUGGUUACUCGCGCAGUCCACGCGAAUUCCGCGAACCUUGCUGGGGGGGGGGGGGCACUGGAGGCGAAAACCAUUUUUGACCCAGGCCUUAAUUAACCUGAGUAGGAAAGGGAAGGGGGUAUUAUUUGGUAGUGUUUGCACCUGUCCCUUUUGUUUUCUGUUAAUUCUUUUAAUUGGCCAAUCAGAGGGUUCAGUGCUUGUUCUCGUCACACAACACCAUUUGUGAGUUUCGUGACGUGAUCAAACAAUUGCUUCCUUGGAGACUAGCCAACUGAGUGGAUUUCUUCCACUGGAGAAGUCAAAACCAAAUAUAUUUGCUUUGAAAGAGAACCUGAGCUUAAUAAUCAAAUCAUUACAACUGUUUGUGUCUUUUUUUCCCAAUUUUCUGAAUCUUUUAGUUCGUUGAGGAAUAACAACCUGACAUCCGUUCCAGAUUUGAAGCGUCUUGCAUAUUCCAGACAAGUGUAAGUUGCUAUGAUUUGUUAUCAUUGUGUACCUAGGUGGUAGGACAAGGGAUCUGGAAUUUACCAAGAUCCGACUGGACAAAAUGGUUUGUGCAUUUGAAGGAAAGCACUUAGUUUAUCGAAGAGUUUGGCCUGUUUCCGACUUUACUAGCAAGCAAAAGUUGCCUAGAAAUAAUUUGUCCCAUUGCCAACAAAGUCAUGCAAUCAGUUUCUUGUCUUGGUCCCUUCAUCAUCGUUUCUCGAAAUUACCACCGACAAUCGGCGACGAAAUUGUUGAACUGGUUAUUAUGUUGGUUCAAAAUAAAUAAAUAUGUUGGUUCCAAAUAAACCCGUGAAGUAUUGAAUAAAUGACGGUAAAUAUAUGAAAAUCAUAUAUGUGAAACGCGGUUGAAGAAACGAAUAUGGAAGCGAUUCUCGCAGUUAUGAACACUACUUAAAUAGUCGUGAAAAUAAGGCCUGAACUGGAUUUGAACCCGAAAUAGACUAAGUUCGUCAGCCAAAGGAUUUGGGUUGCUGUCAUGAUUAUACUCACCUCGUUACUAGUUAGAUUAGUACAAAUUCGAAAGGCCAAAUGCCUCUUGGACUAAUACGGUAAAAAUUGGAAAAUUUACCGUCAUCACGAAUUGUAGGAAAAUAUAAUCACUAAACAAGAGUCUAUCUAUCGUCAAAAUAUCAAAGUGAAUUUUAAAUCAGCGCUCACAACUUGGAUUUUUCUGCAUUAUGACCUUUCUUUUUUCAGAAACUUAGAAAAUAACCAGAUCACAGAUGUAACGAAAAUCGUAACACCAGGAAUUCAAAUAGUUUUUGAACUGUGAGUAUUUGAUUCUCUUAGCAUCGAAUGAUUCCAUUUGGAAAUUUGAGGGACACAGCAUUUUUUAAUAUGUUUACAUGCAUCAAGCAAAGGUUUGGCUAAGGUGAAGAGCACUUUAGCCCUAGAACUAGUAUGACAGGUACUAACUGGAAGUAUUUUAAGAUUUUGCGCAAGGAAUGAAAUUUUUUGAAUGUUUCUUUUUUCUCGUAGAUAUCUACGUAACAAUAAGAUCGAGUACCUACCACCAAACAUCUUUCAGAAAACUAUUGUAGCAGCAAACCUGUAAGUAACUAAAAACAAAACCAAGAAAGAGUUGUUAUCUUGCGACUGUCUUUUGAUAUUUUUGCCCGUGAAAUGACGUAAUACUAGGUGAAAACGGACGCGAUACAACUUUCUAUUUUUACUCGCGAUCGGGGUCUAUUAUUUUCACUGGGUUUAUGGUGAGGUAAGGGGGGGCCCGGUUUUUGUCGCUUGCCCCACUGGCUUUUCUUCCUUCUACGAUUCUUGCUUUUUUACUCAAAAUAAAAGGGGCGGCCUCCCUGGGCCCCUCCCCUAAAUCUGCCACUGGUAAUACGAUGUAUGGAAUACUGAAAUCGGAGUCCACUUACAAAUUGUAGAUAUGUUUGUUGCAUAUGAUAAUUUCUAAACUUUUUUUCAGAAAGAGCAAUUGGGUUUUUAUUUUCUUUUUAAUAACUUUAUUCAUCUUAUCUUUUUAUAGCGAUUUGUCGUUCAACAAUCUGCAGUCAUUACCAGAUAACGUAUUUGAUAAGCUCGACAAAUUAUAUAUUCUGUAAGUAAAAGGGAAAAGUAUGGCAAUUUUGAAAAAACAUUCAAUUUACUUCUCCCAAUCGACGCAUACAUUCAGUAAUCUAUCGACUCAAAAUUUCCAUAUCCCUUAAAAAGAGCGAUGGGAAUGUUAGCCACCCAAUGUAAACCAAAUUAAUAAUUCUCUGCAUUUUUUCCGUGUACCUGGUCAUUUGCCCCAUAAAGGAUUCAUAUACUAUCAAUUCCUUUUUCUCAGUUUUGUUGCCUACAAACUACAUGAAGUUAAUAAGCCAUACUAGUGUAAUGAAACAAGUUAUGCAUGUCCCACAGGGAAUAAAAAAACAGUUCUUCAAAUGAUAAAUAUAGCGUAUAAAGGCCUGGCUAACGUCCGCAACAUUUCAGCUGAACAUCUUGCAACAUUGUGGCGCACGACAUUGUGGCAAUAUCCAAUCCAAUAAUGAUGCAAGAUGUUGCAUUGAAGUGUUGCGUGCGUUUAAUUUUUGAGCGGGCCUUAAUAUCAUGAGGCGUGCGUUAUGGGCUUAUAUCUCUAUGUAAUUUAUCGAAUAGGACCUAUUCCGAUGUAUAUACGUUUUCUCCCUUUGUGUACUUCACUUCUUAAAAUUUUCUUUUACUUUUUCUUUAAGGAUGCUUAGCUUCAACAACAUCACUUCCAUUAAUAAACGCACCUUUAGUGGACUUUCCAAUUUGAACACACUGUAAGUUUGCUACAGAGGUUUUGGUUCACAGUAGUGUAGCGAACGAAGGAGUUACUUAGCUGAUUUACACCGGGUCUAACCCAAACCCCUUUCUUACAUGCAAGGAGAGGGGCUUACGUUUCCUCUAUGAUUGGAUUGUUUUUAUUCCAUGAAUGUCUUUCAACUGCCAGUUUUCGGCCCUCGUGACACUGUUCACAGAGUGAAUGUUCAGAUGAAAGAUUCAGCUUAAUUCAGGAUAUUUUAUGACGCAGUUUUGUUAAACAACGGCUAAACUUUGUUCAAAUAACCGGCCCAAUAAGUUUUACAUUAUAUAUUAAUAGUUUAUUAGGCGUUUCGAAAAAUGAUAAACAUAGAUUUGUCUAGAUUAGAACUAUGUAGCUGUAAAACAUAGGGCAUGCGCAAGGGGUAAAUUUUGGUCAGCCGCGCGCAAGCUCCCACUCCAAGGCUCUAAGAAAAACUUUACAAACAACCGCUGUCACGCCAAUUACGCGAGAAAAAAAAUCACAACAAAACAGUAAUACAUUCAUGUAUAGGGUGUUUCGAAAGUUCGUUCCGAUUUUUGAACUUGUUAGUUUUCUCAACAAAUCAAUUGAUUGUUAGAAUUUUAUCAAUAAAUUGAAGCAGAGAAUUUGUUACAAUUGUUACUAAUCUGCAUGCGUGCGUUUUCCCGUCAUUUUUCGCGCCAUUUGUGUAUGUUGUUCCUUUCCCAAAAUUGUUGAUAUUCUCUAAUAUUAAUUUCAAUGAAUGAUGAAACUUUAGAAGAAAACAAAUCAGAACGUACUUCUGAAACACCUUGUUAAUCUGUAAAAGGAAGUAAACUGGGGAAAGGGAAGACUAGAAACUUUUCGUUCUCAAAGCUUAUUUGAUUACGGGUUUGCUGCUGAAGUGCCAUUUUAUGUUGAGCUUUACCACAAAAGUUGUACGGUGUCCAACAUGGCGACUUACUCGCUUGUGUGGUUGUUCUUUAAACAACUUGUGUUGAAAGCCUAAAAGUGCGCCAUCUAGCCUUGAAAACGUUCGCAGAUGCACAGAAGUUUGACUGCCGUGUUGAUGAGAAUAUAUAAACACAGUAUGACGUUCUAUAUUCACUCGUAGUUUAGAUAACAACCUCUAUAAACAGUAUAGAAGUCAAAACACAUGUGGAUAUUCUCCUCUGAACACUUUGGGAAUUCAUUAAACAGAAGAAGCUACGCAAACACGAAAAACAAAUAAAUUUAGGCGAAAUAUCACGUCGCUUUUCCUUGUUUACAAAUUAAAGGUAGAAGACGAGACCCAUAUUUUAAUGAAUUAAAUGUCAAUUUUAUAGGAGUUAUUUUAUCGUAACCAUAUCCGGAGACUAUGAAUAAUUUCAAAUAAACGAAUUGACCAGUCUCAUUCUAUAAUUCAACUAUUCGUAUUUCUUUAUCUGUUGUGAAUGAAACUUCACAUGCGACAUUACUUUCUUAUGGGUUUCAUGUUUCCUUUGAAUUAUUAUUUUCAGAAUGCUUAUCAAAAACAAUCUGGCAUUUAUUGCCAAAGACGUUUUUGAUGGCACUCCCCUUCUCAAGUCACUGUAAGUAUAAGUUUCACUCCAUGUUACGGAAUGUUGCAAAUUUCUAGGUAUCAAGUGCAUAACUAGGGGAGUUUGGUAAAUAAACUAAUGUUUUUAUGGUGGAAAUGGCUUUGAAAAUUGCUUUUAUUUGAUGCUAAUAACUCAUGCAAGUUUUAUCAUUUUUAUUUGUUUGCAAAUUACAUCAUUCAUUAAUACGAUAUUUUCAUGAUUGUUCCCGAUUGGAGAUUUUGCUUCACCGAAAUGGUUUUUUCUUCUUCUUCAGGUUUCUUCACAGUAAUGCAAUUAAAACCAUUGAAAGCAAAAGCUUCGACAGACUUGUUCUGAGGCAGCUGUAAGCAAACUGCAGCUUAAAAGUUGAGAUGCAAUACAUAGGAGAGAUUUAUCACCGCACGGCAAGAGUGGCCACGGCGAGUGUCCACUUUCGCCGUUUACCUAGUACAUAAGAUUUUCUUCCCUUUUUCUUUCACCGAGAAGAGGUUAAUUCCUGGAAAAAAAGUUGGUCAAAACUAUUUCUUGUAGGUGAUACAAGGGUAGAUGAAAUUCCACGAUUAAAAUCAUUUCACAACCGAAGUGACGCGAGCUUACACGAAGCUAAAGCAGUAAGGUUUAUGUGGAACGUGAAAGGACAAGCUUAAGUUUGCCGCUUCCCGUAAACGCGGUGCUAAAUCUUCCUAACUAAUUAAUUUACUCGCAUGACUCAAGCUAAACCUCUUUGUUGAAAUGGCUAUCUUUAAAACAAGGAACGGGGAAUGGGGAAUCUUUAAAAGGGGGAAACCUUUAAAAGCUGGAACCUUUAAAAGGGGGAAUCUUUAAUUAAAACGGAGAAUCUUUUCGUAAAAUCGUUCCUUUUUUUUACCGUUCCUCCUUUUACCGUUUCCCCUUUUACCGUUCUCCCUUUUACCGUUCUCCCUUUUACCGUUCUCCCUUUUACCGUUCUCCCUUUUACCGUUCCCCCUUUUACCGUUCUCCCUUUUACCGUUUCCCCUUUUACCGUUCUCCCUUUUACCCCCCUUUUACCGUUCCCCCUUUUACCGUUCCCUUAUUUAAAGAUAGUCACUUUUAGGUUACUCGAAGGAGGGUAGCAAAGAGUUAGGGAGGGGGAUGGGGAGUACCUGAUCCCGUUUCACGCAGAAAUUCACACGUCACGUAUUUGAAUGAGAAAACUUGCAAUCUCUCUUCUUGUCUUCAAGGCUACGGGCAAGGACUAAAUAAAUUCACGGGUCCUAUAUAUUUCAAGAGGCAAAUCAUAUCCCAGGCUGACAUUAGUUCACGAAUCACGCUCGCUUCUGUAAAAAAUUUACGCAUCGCGUUAAUUUUGGCCUUUAUUAAUCACACAUCACUUACAAACCCUUUGCCUUCUCUUGAAGGUGUCUUAUUUUUUUUUUCGUUGAGAUGAUACUCAAAAAGUCCAAAACACUUAUAAGAAAAAGAAACAAACAGCGCAUAUAACACUGUCUGGGACCCCAGAAAUGCAUCAACUGUGUAAUGAAUUAGUAUUCCACUUUCAGAACCAUUUUUGACAAUCCUUUACCACUGUUGCCAGAUGGAAUUUUCGACAAAAUGACAAACAAUACUAAGGUGUAAGUAAAGACGGGAAGUUAUACACAUCAAAUAGCUUAGAUAAUCACAACAGUAUUGCCAGUCCUCCUUGUUACUUUCAUGUAUCGCCAUUACAUUAUUGUCAUUAUUAUCCUUGCCGUUGACUUCAUCACUGUUACCCUUAUCUACUGUACCAUUGACCAUUUUUAUGUAUUUUGUUGUUGUUGUUGUUGUUGUUUUUUAUGUUUUUAAAACCCAAGUAGGAUUCAGCCACGUAGGCUGCUUAGCUAAUUGAUCUUAUUACAAUUUCCAUAAUGAUUGCGUUAUUUUUUCAAUCUUUACAACUAAGAUUUAUUUUAUUCUUAAUCUAAUAAUUGACAGAUCAUUGACGUGUAAAAAUCUUCUUCAGCUGCCUCGAGGAAGAUAUAUGGGGACAAUGUAAGUAGGCCUUAAAUUCAAUUUACUCUACACGCUAUAAGCCUUUCAAUAAUGGACAUCUAAACUAAUAAAUAUCCAACUUCGUGCAGGUAUUUUUCGAAAAAAAAAGGUUAUUCACAGCUAGCCUUGGUAUAAACCUCUGCCUGGCCUAACCAAAGCAUAUUUCAAUUCUUCAAUUUCGAUUGGCUCAAUAAAAAAGCUAUAGCAGUUGACCGUGGACCAGAAGAUGGUUGGUAUGCGUUUUUCUCUCCAUCAUUUGCAAUAGUCCGCAGAGUUAUAUUUGGGGGUUACUCGCGCUCCUGGGAUGUAAGAUAUUUGGAACCAGUUCGGAAAUACUCUGAGUUGGUUAUCUAUCAUAUUUUUCGAGCUCGUUCAUCUCCCAAUAUUGUCGUUUUUCCCUGUUUCCUUAAUUAAUUUUUGCCUCAGUUUCCCCCUUGGCGCAAAAUAGGCAAGCCAUACUAUUUUGUAUCACCGAGCCUUUGAUAUGUUGUAAUUUUCUAACCUUCAGAGAAUGUGCUCCUUCGACUUCGCUGCAUGUUACUUUAUCUGGAGAACAAAGCACCUUCCGAGCUGGCUGGAAACGCUCAGGCUUUGAAUGCCGUGAUUGUGACUCACACCAUGUAACUACUAUUCCGUACAGAGGCUCCAGUUGCGCUGAUUGCAGUCUCUGUUCCGUUGGUAACUAUACUAGUGAAACAGGCUGUGUCGAGUGUCCUGCAGGUAUUAAUGAGUAAUAUUAUUCUAUGGUUAAGUUUCGUUUAUGGAGAGACUUUAAGAAUAAUUUUUUAGAAACAAGCAUCCAUAUCUAAGGGUAAGCUCUAAGCAUUGUAAAUUACGGCUAACAGAGAAAGAAAAAGGUUCUUCAGUGGGGUGAGACCCGGUUAUUACAUCAGUUGGCCUCUUAGUGAGCCAGUCUGUGCCUACAAAGUGGAGGUGACCAUAAUUGGCCGAACUAAGAUGCAACUAUAAUUGACGUUGUCAUUGACACAAAACUAACAAAUGCGGUUAAAGGAAACAAGCGGUGAAACUUAAUCAAAAUCAUUUGUAAACGUUGCUCGCUUUGGCCCUAAAAAUAGACUGGCUCAAUUGAAUUCAGGGGCAAAUCACUAUUUAUCGCCUUCGUGUGGGAGGGGAGGGGAAAGGUCGGAUGAUUUUUGUAAAGAGGGAGGAAGGGGUGGGAUAUCACACCCAAAAUAUCCAUCUAUAAAUCAUAUCUUGUAUAGCUCCACUUUCCACAACUUGACAAACUAGAAAUUUCAAAUACCGGUAUCACUUUCCUUUCUUUAUUGAUGUUACCUUUGUUAACUAAGAACUGCACAAACAGGAUCCUCCUUAAAAUUCCAAUUCAAAAAAAUGGUCAUUCUGCAAAAUAAAACUCCCACGACAUUUUCGAUAGUAAAUAUUCACUGAAUGAGAUAAACUGUCACCUUUUUCUUGCAGCGUUAUUUGCAUUUAAUCUUUUCACUCCCAAGAUCUCAAUAGUAAUUCCUCCUACUGUCUGUCAUUAAAUACUCAUUAUGUCAGUUUGGAGAAUUUGGUUUUGAAUCAACUUGUAGUCCCCUAAUUGAGUUUUCUGCUUUAUUCUCCUCACUUGUCUGCUUGAUACUGUAUUGAUAUUGCAAGGAGAAAUUCUGUCUUGGUCACUCAUGGGAGCUAAAGAGUUAAACUUGCCUAGUACAGCCUAUUUACCGUUAUCAAGUGAAAAGUGAUAAGUACAAUUGGUCUUAAUAUUUAAGUGGUUAUAUUACAUCCAGGAAACCCUGUUGGUAAAAAAUGUCUAAAACUAUGUCUGUUCCUAAUAGAAUUUCCAUAGCACUUUGCAUGUAUAGCAAAAAUAACAGAAAUGCGAUCAAGUACAUGUAUAAAGAGGGAGGGGGGGGGGUGGGAUAUCACACAGAGAACGAAGUGUGGGUAAGUCGUCGACAGCAGAAUUUAAAGGGACAUUACAGAAGAUUAAAUUGAUUGGUUGAUUUUUUACUGGCAUUGUAAUAUGAUCUUUUACAGGAAACAUUCCAUUUGAAAUUAACUGAAAACAAAACAAAUCAAGAACAUUUCUCAAAGUUCCUACAUUGACAACUCCUGUUUAUGGGCCCAUAGUAACCCACUUGUGAAGCUGCUUGCUUGUUCUAUGAUAUCUUUACAGGUGGUUUUUAUCAGGAUGAAAUGGGACAAGUUGAUUGUAAAAGAUGCAGUAAUGGUACAUUUGUUUCUGCACUGCAUAGUCCUGGGACCAAAGCGACCGAUUGCGUGGCAUGUCCUUACGGUAAAUAUAAUGUUUGCUGUGUACUGUAACUUUUUUUCAACUUGACCACGCCUGAGGACACUUCCUACACAGUCAGAAGUUUCAGGCAUCUUAUUUAGCCAAAACAAGUCUAUUUCUUCAUAAUGAUAAUCUAAAAUGGAUGAUCCAAAAUUUUACUCGGCCUGAGAACAGGUGGACGAGGCAAAAGUAAUUGUUGAUCUUUUUUUGGUGUAUGUGUGAUUGUUGUGGACUUUGAUUAAUUGCAGAAGAGAGUUAAUUCAGUGCAGAAGAGGGUUAAUUCAGCGCAAAGAAAGUAACAAAUCAGACAUUCUGAUUGGUCAAUAAUCAAAGAACUCACAGAUAGCCAAUCAAAUGCGAGCCUUGGAUGUCGCAACAAAAUGUGAAAAAUUGUUGGCGAAACAAUGGCCGGAGUUUUAAGUAGGUUUUCUUUCGCCACCGCAGCUGAAAAACAGCUCAAACAACAAAAACACUGUAAAAAGCACUGAUUUUUGGUUGUCGGUUUGGAAAAAGUGGUGUUUAGAGAAGGGAAUUGCCAAGGAAAUCGAAAAUUACGCGCCGAGCUUAACACUUUGCUCGAGCGAUCCAACGCCAAAAUUAAAAACAAACAUGGUUAAACCUCGGAAACGACGAUUCCAUUUCAUCGAAAGUGAUUCGGACACAGACUGAACAAUUCCUUGAACUGUUUAGCCGGACUUUGAACUUUUUUUGCGCCGUAAAGAUGUGAAGAUAUCAUUGCAUAUUAUUGUUUUGAUCGUACGCGGUUGUUUUGACCGAACGCUCGGUUUAAAUAAAUUAUUUUUGCACGAUGCGUGCGCUUUGCUUGUGCUUAUUUAUGAUAAGCCAUCUCGUAUUUUUGCAUGUAUAUUAUUAACGUAAUCACAUGAUUUUUUUGGUACUAUUUGGAAUAAACAAGCACUUGUUAAUUUUUCAAAGACCACAAAUUGCACUCGCCUUACGGGCUCGUGAAAUUUUGUUAGUCUUUAAAAAAAUUUACUCGUGCUUAUUUAUUCCAAAUUGCACUCGAAAUCAUGUGAUUACCUAUAUCAAAUGUUAAUUCAGGUCGCUAGCGAGGUCUUACAUCUCAGCCAAAUGAAAUAAGAGAGGAAGUGAGUGCGUGAAAAACCCUUUCCCACUCUAUGCUAUGUCACCUACAACUACUGAUUGGUAUUCCUAUUGAUUUUUAAAAUCACUCUAUUUUCAGGUACGCUUUCGAACGAGACUGCUGGAUAUCGGGCAUGCAGAUGUCUUCAAAGCUUUUAUCGGUUGGAUCGUUUUGGCCCGUGCUCAACAUGUCCACCAUACGGCUUUGUUUGUGAGGACGAUACAGCAAUACUUGCUCCUAACUACUUCUGGAAAUGGUCCAAUCAGUCUGAAAAAGCGUUUUCAAAGGUUUUGUUAACAAUAUCCAUUCUAAUGGAUCAGACUACAACAAGUCCUUUUCAACGUUCAAUACUUCACUUCCGAAGCCACUCAAAUGUCCCCAUGCCAAGUCCUGCAAGGGUGGAAUCGACUCAGAAUGCCAUCAAGGAUAUCAAGGGAAUUUGUGUGCAACCUGUUCUAACGGCUUUUAUUUCCGCUUCCACUCAUGUUUGAAAUGUCCUCACCUAACUGUAACAAUAAUCUCGUCUAUCUUGGUGAUUGUUCUUUUUGUUGCUGUGUUUCUAAUGGUUCUUUGGGGUGACUCCAAACGUGCAGAGAAUAACCGAACAGUUGCAGAUGUCGUCAUGUCGUGCUUUAAGAUUGUGAUUGGUUUUUAUCAAGUCAUUGCUGGUAUUUUCUCCGCAUUGGCGAAAGUCAAGUGGCCGAUCACUUUGAUUUCAGUGGAGAAAUUUCUAAAAGUAUUUGAAGGGAACAUUUUUCAGUUUGCUCCACUAAGCUGCAUUGAUUCUUCUUUGCGUUUAGAUCAGCUUGGAAAGUUCACAUUGAUCGUUGCCUUGAAUGUCCUACUUGUUGGCUCACUUUUCUUGUAUCUAUCUCUUAAAAAACGCUACAUCAUGAACAAGAAGGACCUUAGCGAAAGCCAGAAAAGAACACAAGUUGAAAGUUUGAAGAAAUCUUGCUAUCGGAAUAUUUUCUUACUGUUGUUGACGACCUACCCUACGACGAGCAAAUCGAUUAUUCAAAUUCUACCUCUUCCCGGUGCGUGUGUAGAAACGUGUUUCGCAGACGACAAGAACGACUGUAUCUUCCUUCUGAGAGCUGACUACUCCAUCAAGUGUUUCACUCCUCGCCACAGCUUGUAUUGGCUUAUGGCUUCUCUUUUGGCAAUAUAUCCCGUGGGAUUUCCAGUUCUAGCUUUGUUUCUCACUUACAAAUACCGUGAGUCCCAGAAAGACAAAGCAAUUGCUUUCGGACUUCGAGUGUUCUUUGAGAACUAUAAGAAGAAAUUUUGGUUUUGGGAGGUCACAGAGAUGUACCGCAAGCUGAUAUUGAUCUCAUUGAUUUUCCUAUUUGGAUCCAAAAGCCUCCCUCAAAUCAGCCUUACUGUUCUGACAGUCAGCGUCUUUGGAGUGCUCUACACCUUAUUCCGACCAAUCAAGGAAAAGUUUGAAGACCGCUUACAAACAUUUGUCUUGUGGGUCAUUUUCUUUGACGUUUGCCUUGGUGCAGUUUAUACCAAAUGGGAUGAGAAUCAAGAGGAGGGCAAGAACGAAUCUGUGUUUGUGAAUAUCCUCUUCGUUGUUCUCAACGCCUCUGUACUGAUGCUUGCCAUCGGUAAGUGCCUAAGUUGGGUAAACAAUGACAUAAGGAAUGUGCAUGUUAGCCUUUAAGACACACGCGAGCUGCAAAGGCCUCUAUAAUUUGCACGUCUUAAUUAGCAAAUGAGGUUUGCAAAGAUCAAUAGAGAAGAUUGGACUUGGAAUCUACCAACUUUUUGCACUACUUUAUUCCAACCAAAUAUCGGCGUAAAAUAGCUUUUGUAGUAGUCAGCUCUCAAAAUGGAAUCGGCAAAAUUACAUAACGGCCAACAUUAAAAUAAAACCUUAAGACAUUAGGGACUUAGACAAAAAAAGGAAAGCUUCUUUCGAUUCUGUAAGGCGUUAUUCCUGAUCAUGAGUCAAAAUAUUUUCCCUUGUAUCUUAAUAAAAGAAAAUGCUUCUGAUAAUAAACAACGGCAGCUGAGGAAGAGUGUUUUUCCUUCUUCUCGCGCCCAGUCUCUCGGCGUUCGCUAGUUAUGAUUGGCCCAUCGAAUAAAUGGGGGAUGAAGAUUCCCGCGCUAAUUCGAGCUAACUUUGUAUCAGAGUGUAGAACACUCAGGUUUAAUGAGGAAUUGCCUUGAUUUCUUGCACGGCAAUUUAUGAUAACAAUUUAGGACAUUUAGUGGAAGAAUCUGCAAGGAAAAAGAAACGUUGAAUUAUGUUUACAAUGUCACGAUUUUAUUUUUGUUCUUUUAUCUCCAAACGUCUCCGAAGGCAAGUCAAUUUUUCUUCUGCAAAUUACUACAACUCUUGUGUAAUACAAAGCCUAGGUUUUCUGUUGAAGCCUUGUAAGAACCUACCAGUAAUAAAAUACUUGCCGUCCCUACCAUAGUGUUAAUUUCAUUUUUUUCUUUUCUUUUAUCAGGAAAAGGGAUUGUCCAUAUGAUGUUAUUCAAGAAGUAUGUUUUCUUCUGUCCAAUGCGAUGUUGCAGUUUCCUUCGCCAAAAAGUCGCUCAUCUUAA